AUCCAACACUGCCUCUGUUCUAAUACUUUGUCCUACGUCCGUACUACGGUCUUGUUUUCCUAAAAAUAGAUUUGUGUGGACCAUAACCACUGAGUCAUGAACUCAAAUUCAACUUCACUCCAUGAGAAUGAGUAUGAAGACACUCCCAAAUGCCGCUACCGCCUCGACAACCAAACUUCUCAUACAGUAACCCUCCCUGAUGGCCGGAAGCUGGGUUACGCUGAAUACGGAUCGCCAACUGGCCAUGCGAUCCUGUACCAACACGGGCUUCCGGGCUCUCGCAUCGAAGCCGCUUGUUACCACGACCUUGCCAUGGAGCUCGGCGCCCGGGUCAUCGCCAUAGACAGACCAGGCAUAGGCUGGAGCUCACCAUGUGCCUCGAGGACAGUCCUCAGCUGGGCCCAAGAUGUCGAGUAUCUCACCGAGCAUCUCAACCUAGACACAUACUCCGUGCUAGGCGUCUCGGGAGGCGGUCCGUAUGCGCUUUCCUGUGCCGCAAGGCUUCCACCCGAGAAGCUCAAGGCUGUUUCCAUCAUCUGCGGUCUGGGACCCCCCGACAUGAGCAUGUGGGACGCCGAGUGGACGCACUGGCUGGGGUUUCCGUACGGAUGGCGCUAUGCGCCCGCGUGGUUGCUAAACUGGUUUUUCCGCCGCGAUGCGUUUGGCCGCAUGGAGCUGAGCGAUGAGGAGAGGUUCAGAGAGGUGGCUUCGCCGUCCAAUCUUGCGGCUAUCAAGAACCCGAUGGAUAAGAAGAUUUUCGGUGAUGAGGAUUUCGUGAGAUUGGAGUUGAAGGCUACGCGUGAAGCGAAUGCGCAGGGUUUCGCUGGCAUAGCGCUGGAUGGGAGAACGGCAUGUUCAGAGUGGGGCUUUCGGAUUGAGGAUAUCAGGAGAGAUUUACCUGUCCAGCUGUGGUAUGGCAAGAAUGACACGUUUGUUCCGCCGAAUAUUGGGCUGGAGACUGCUGCGAGGUUGGGUGGUAGUCAGGGCAGGGUUGUGCUGAGGUUGGAGCACGCUUCGCAUUGUAGUAUUUCGCGCAAUUGGGAGAGGGAGCAGUUGGAAGCUAUUCUGGAAGAGAUGCGGGAUUAGAUGUUUAGCUGUGCUUUUCUUCGAUCUGGGUGGGUUGGGAGUCGUUUGUAUAUACAUCUUAUCGUCUCGACUCUGAUCUUAGCAUUCUGUCUUUUCUUUAAGGCUGUAUUUAUCUUGUAUAAUAAUAUCCAGGGCAGGGACAACAUGAAGACGCCAAUGAA